AUGGAAACGGAUCAAGGAUACACCUCGCUCGAGCAGGCGGGUCGGGCAGUACUGGCUCAAUUUUCAGCCCUGCCAAAGACUUCCGAUCCUGUCUACGAGAGAAAACUCACAAACGAGUUUCAAAGAUUCGAGUCAUGGGCAUCGAACUUGGGGCUUUAUCACACCGGGCACAGUUCUCUUGACUAUAGGUUUCGAGACUCCCCUAUUCUGUUUGACUAUACCGUGGGCCUCCUCAAAGACUUCGAGGCCACUCUGAUAGCCCUGGCGAAUGUGACAGGAGAGGCAUCACCCUCAUAUAAUGACGACAUGGCUAUAGACGAGGAAUCGGAUGGCAUGUCUGUCAGCGACGACGAAUCUGAGGAAGAUCUUUCUUCAUACCAAGAUGAGUCCCCGGAAAAUGACUAUCUAGUGAAUUUAACCUUAGCUAUUGAUAGGCUAUACGCGUUAUCGUUUAGGGUUCGGAAUCCCAGGAUGCGAACGGGUCUUUCAAAAGCUCAGUACUACACUGAAAUCGAUGAGCAAUCCGGAGUCGAUCUCAUCGAGGCAUACUGGGAACGAGAUUCUUACCACAUUACUGAACUCUUCCAAAGCUGGAGGCCCAACACGGAGAUAGAAGAUGACGUUCAUUUCCUUAUACAACGACUUGCCACUGCCAACAUGCACCGGAGGCAACAGUUCAAGUAUUGGGAGCAGCGCAGAGCUAAAUAUGAAUAUUAUCAUCGGGCCGCAGUAGCUCAACUGGUGGGCGCGAGGACAAUAAACGACAAUCUACCAAUCGACAAUCUCCCAAUCGAUAGUCCAUCGCAACCUCGUCUAGAGGCACAUAUUCAGCAAUCUGAGCCCUCAACUGCUACCAACUUGGACGCAGCCAGACUCCGUGAUACCGAGUCUAUAAUAUCAACAGUUAGCUUCUUUUCGGUGGAUGACAACACUCUUGAACCGCUCAAAAUCCCUUCAGCCCCAAAUAUAGCCCCCGACAAGCCAGAAUUCGAGUGUCCAUAUUGCUUCACCAUGUGUGCGCGGUCUACUUUGAAACCACAAGCAUGGAGGAGACAUCUUCUACGUGACUUACGGCCGUAUAUAUGCACAUUUCCAUUUUGCAAACACGAAGACCAACUAUAUGACACCUUUAGUGAGUGGGCUGCGCACGAGGUGUCUAUCCAUGGCCUCCAGGUCGAAUCCCCACGGCGCUGUCCAGUCUGUCUAUAUGAAAAUGCAGACAACCACCACAUUGCGUCUCAUCUACAGCGUAUAGCUUGCUUUUCGCUUCCACGGAUGAAUGAUGACACUACUGGCAGUUUAAAUACAAUGGGGCGCACGGAGAGCCGUAACACUGGAGCUAUAGACUCGGACACUGACUCUGAAGAGUUCGUCGCCGAUGAUGAAUGGGCAGAAAAUACAAAGACUAUUCACCUCAACCUGGCCGGUUAUCCUCUGUUGCCAGUACAGGUGCGUCCAAGUGACGCCAUCGAGGAAGUUUUAGCAACCCGCCUGGCAGGAACUUAUAAUCUAGAUCCCUCGAUUGAGUUUCGAUUUUCCGAUCCAAACGGGAACCCGAUACCUCUUGAUUAUGACAAUCUAUACGACCAAAUGGCGGUCAAUGUCCAAAAAUCUCAAGCUAUCCCCGUUGACUCGGCGGACCUUCCGGCCGAGACCUUCAAUGAAGCAGGGCAAUCCCAAAUAAAGCGCCCAGUAGUCCUAGACUCCCGCUACCGUGUCCAACCUCAAUGGUAUUUCAGUGUCGGCAGAGUCUUUGCGAUUCUAUGGCACGAAAACCAUGGAGUUCAAACCGGUGCUGAUUCUACUAGAGUAGCACUUUCCGGUUCAACUUAUAUAGGUAGAUACAAUGAGCCGAUUCACAGCAGUAUCCGUCGUAUGGUAGUUUUCAGAGUGUCUGGCCAUAGUUCCUUCUGCUUCCCAAUAUCAACUUAUAGGGGCCGAGGCGUUGCAAAGCCCGGUGUCGACCCUUACAAGCAUGCCAUCAUCUACCUUCGGGGUACACAACCUGUCCAGAGACGCAAUGAGCCCCGUAUGGUCAAAGACCCUAUAGAGAUGGUAGCAGACAGUCCGGAGCAAACAGUGAACCCAAUGUCUAGGCUGGACUUUGGCCAGAUUCAUACAGUCGAGCAUAACGUUAAGGUUUUUCCUAUAGGCCGUGUUGCACGCGAGUCGAUGACUAGAUUUAUUCAGUAUACACGCGACGAGAUGGACAGAUUGGUAUAA